AUGGUUGGUUACAUGACAUUGUUGGAGGCAUGGAUUUAUGAGCAUUUUCGACCAUUUAGACCUCACCAAAACAUGAAAUAUACUAUACAAUUGCCUCACGUGCAUCGAUGGACUCCUCAUCGGGAAGCUGGUUCAACAGUAUCACACCUACAGGCGUUACGAGAGGAGCUUGACAGAUUGGCAUUUGAUGAGGUUACUUGGGAUCCAUAUCGAGAUUGCUGUCAACAUCACCCAUGUCAUGAGAUCACAUUCUACAGCGGCUGUUUGAAGUGUUUGGAUGUAGUUGAACCCUAUCAUCCUGAAAGGGUUCUAAGACAGUUUGGUAGGGUCCAGACCAUUCCACUUGCGCCACUCGACCCUGUUCGUGCUGUUAAAGGUGUCACAGUAGACCGAUAUAAAGUGAUGUAUCAGUAUCUUGAUCAGAUAUGGGAGAGUUGGGAUAAUCAUGUUUUAUCUGCUCGGAAGAGGAGUACCCUAGUCAAAUGUCCGGCUAAUUGUGUUGAUGGUUACAUACAGUGGUAUGAAAACAUCAAACAGUUAUAUAUCCAGAACCCCACACAUCGGUCUGGUUUUGACCCACGUGCACAGGAUAGUAGAUUUGAUAUGCAGGACGCUGAGGUAUGA